UUUCGUCAUUUUUCUUCUCGAUGAUGUUCGGGAAGAUCUUGGCCUCGUUCGACAGAACACGUACAUUGCAGCGACUGCUGAGCGUGCGUCUUCGGUGGCGGGACAUGUGGCCGUGGUGAGGGAGACUGCUGAUGCUAUGUAUCUCGCCUUGGCCGCGGCUUAUCGUGAUGGGGACAUUGCAAGCCCGGACGAUGUGGCAGGGCUGACCAACACCCUCCGCCCGCUCCUCACCUCGCACCCGUUCAUCGCCUCGAUCUCGGCCGCGCACUCAACAAGGAGCACGUUCAGAUUCCAUCGCGAGCACGUUCCCUUUCUCAUCACUCAGUUCCGGGUCUAUGUCAACGACAGCUACCAGACCCAGAUCGAGCGGGUGGCUCCGCCUGGAGUGCCCAUCACCCACGCCAACUGGUCCGAACCAGUCCCGCUCGCCUUUGACCCAUGGGCCACCGAAUGGUGGGCUCGUGGCAGCGAUCCGAGUCUUGUCAACGUCACCGAUGGAAAUCCCAUUGCGUGGAAGGCGCCGCUUGUUCCCGAGCUCGGCGAUGCGACUGACCCGUCGGCCCUGCUCAUCCCCUACAUGGAGGCCUCGUUCCGGCUCAACUUUCGCGACUCGGACCACUUUUCGGUCUUCCGCAUCCAGCUUGGCGUCAAUGACAUGUCAUCGCUGCUCGACAUUGUGCCGGCGAGCGACAUCGUCAUCGUGGCGGCCGACGGCUCGCUCAUCGCCGGCCAGUCGGACGUCCAGCUCAUCGAGUACAUCGACUCGGAGAACCCAAGUCUUGGCGCACGGAAUCGCCGCGUAUGGGAGGUGCCUGGCCUCGAUGUGGUGACCGAAGAGUAUUUGCAGAGCGCCGGCGGGCCGUUUGCCGGCGGCUACUUGUACGUGUCUUCGGCAACAGCGCGGGGUGACCUGCCGUGGCGCUCGGUCAUCCGCACCUUUGCCGCCGAUGUUGCCGGCGUGGAGGAUAUUGCGCGGAUGGAGGACUCGGUCUUUCGGCUCCAAGUCUGGAUCAUCACCGUGGCCUCGGCCGUCGUCGCCCUCAUUGUGCUCUCGAUCCUCACUGUGUACGCCGUCUCGCGGGCACGGGUCUUUGCGAUCCGCACCGACACCCAGUACUCGUUUGAGAUGAGUGAUGUGGUCAUGGGUCAGCUCCUUGGUGUGGGCGGCUUUGGUGAGGUGUACCACGGCACGCUCAAUGAUGGCCGAGCAGUGGCGGUCAAGAUCCUCAAGACGCCUGCCGUCACCAAGCAGGAGAUGCGGGCCUUUGUCUCGGAGGCAACUGCCAUGGCUCAGCUCCGCCACCCAGACAUUGUCGACUUUGUCGGCAUCAUCGCCACCCCGCCGGACUUUGCCAUUCUCUCGGACUUUAUGCCGCGCGGCUCACUCUUUGCCGCCCUCCAUCGGCCGUACACUCUCUACGACAUGACGCUGCAGAUCGCCUGGCUCCGCGGCAUUGUCUCGGGCCUCCGCUUCCUCCACGCCCGUAACAUCCUCCACCGCGACCUCAAGUCGCUCAACAUCCUCCUCACCGUCGCGUACAUGCCCAAGAUCUCCGAUUUUGGCACCGCAACUCUUGCCGAGUCGGUCUCAGCUACCGGCAACGAGAUGGAUGCGGUGACGUCGUUGGAGGCUGGACAGGGCGAUCUCGGCUCGAUCUUCUGGUCGGCGCCCGAAAUCCUCUCGCCGACGCCGAUCCACUCGGAAGCGUCCGACAUCUACGCCCUGGGCAUUCUCCUCUGGGAGAUCGUCUCUAACGGCGCCGACCUGUAUCCGGACAUUGCCGCCUCGUCAGUCGCCCAUCUCGUGGUCCAUGAGAAUCUCCGACCGCCGACUUCGAUCCUCCCGCCGCGCUUCAUCGAGCUGUACUCAGCGUGUGUGGACACCGAGACGCAGCGCCGUCCCACGCUGGCCUACAUCGCUGGUGUCCUAGACGACGUCGUUCCGCCCAACACCACACCCGUUCUGCCGUCGGAUUGUGUGCCGUUCCCUACUGGCCCGCUCGCGGUCCUUGGCCUCACCAUCCCGGAUCUAGCACACGUUCUCUCAACCUCGACUGUGGCAAACGGCGAGGCCUAUGUUGCCGCCAUCUGCACCCUUCAUGAGAAGAUGGAGGCUAUUGCUGCAAAGUUCUCGGGCGUGGUGGCCCAGUCGACGCUCCGCACCUUUAUCGCGGUCUUCCCCUCGCCACAGGCUGCCAUCCUCGCUGCCGCCGACGCGAUCAGGAGCUUUACGCCUCUCGCUAGCGACGCGGCCACUGCGUACAACACCGGCCUAGCCAUCGACGACACGUCCAAAUUUGGCUUUUCGUCGACAUCGGUAACCGAGACAAGGUCGUCCCUUGAGCCUGCAGUCUCAUCCAAAGCCUCGGCCCCGGCUUCGGCUUCAGCCUCGGCCCCAGUCAAGCGGAACCAGGUGGCGCCUGCCACGGCUACACCUGCAAUCGCGCCUGCGCAAGCCGACGCCGACGCCGACGCCGACAAGGGCUCGCUGUCUUCUCCGUCUGCGUCGUUGUCGUCGUCUUCUUCUUCCUCGCCUUCGUCGUCAUCGUCGUCGUCACUCCAGUCGUCGUCAUCGGAAGAGGAAGAAGAGGAACAGACCGAGGCGAGGCUGGCAGCCGACGUGCUGGGAGUCACGUUUGGCAUCGGUGUGUCAUACGCGCACGGCUCGACAGCACGCAACAAGUCGACGUACGGCGUGAUUGUGUCUGGACUUGCCAAGGACCAGGCGAUGUCGCUGGCGCGGCGCGGGCGGCCCGGGGUAGCCAUCGUUGCCGAGUCGGCGGUGGCGGUGGCGGCAAUCGACUAUAAGGCCGAAGGCCUGGAGGUCGGUCCAGCGUGCUCUGCUGUCGACGGCGUGCCUGCGGUGACGAUGGGACAGAGCGGAGCAGGCGUGGUGGCGACGCACUCGCGCGAGGACGCGCAAGUUGCGGCUGCUGCGCGCGCGGACGGCGAUAGCAACACGCCGUGGCUCCUCUUUGCGGUUCCACCACACAUCAGCCUCACGGACCGAGUGGGCAUCGGGUCGGCAACCGAGGUCUUUGCUGCUAUGUUCCGCAACAAGGACUGCGUGAUCAAGAAGGCGCUGCCGCGGUACAUUCCGCUGCGUGUCCAGGGCUACCUGGCGCACCUCGCAGCGCGGUGCCAGAGCCUGAACUCACCCAAUGUGGCGCCGCUGCUCGGCGCUGUGGUUGCGCCGGACAACACCUCGCUCCUUGUCCCGUGGUACAAUAAGUGCCUUGCCGACCUGUUCGAUAACGGGGCGGUGGAGCCGACCUACGUGACGCCCAAGUCGAUCGGGCUCGACGUCGUCGCUGGCCUCCAAGCGCUCGCUGCUGCCGACAUGGUUCAUGGCAAGAUCUCGCUGGCGAACGUUGUGCUGACCGAGGCAGGAACGGCCGUGGUGACCGACUAUGCGCUCAUGCCGCUGCUCACCUCAGCGCAGACAAUGACCGGCGCCUCACAUGUGUACUACAUGGCACCGGAGCUGCUCCGCGGCGAAGCGCCGACAACUCACUCGGACGUCUACGCCCUCGGCAUUGUCCUCUACCAGCUCAUCACGGGACGGAUCGAUCCGUACGAGGGCACAUCGGCCAUGGCUGUCGUCUUUAAGGUAAUCCAGGGCGACCUCACGCCGGACCUCAAGAACGUUGCGCCCGAUUGGGCCGCCCUCCUCUCCUCGACCUGGGCUCAUGUCCCAGGCCGCCGUCCCUCGCUCACCCAGCUUUCCAUGGAUCUUGCCGCGCUGCCGCAGUAA